AUGAAUGAAUCUUUAGAAAAGUCACAUUUACAAAUGAACUCUUGUUCAGUUUCUACAGGUACGAUGCGUAAAAAACCAAAGAAAAUAAUUUCAACAGAAGCUUUUCAAGCAUCUGUUGCUGAACGUGAAGCUUUAGCUGCUGCAGCAAAUUUAACUUUAUUACCGGAUGAACCUCCUAAUCGACUUAUUAAUGUCGUAGGUCAGGCUUUACGUCAUGGGAAAACAGUUGUGUACGAAGUAAUGAGAACUGCUGCUAGACAACCUGAUGGCGAAUUAAUACCUGUUGGUGGGUUAGGGACAACUGCUAGUUCUACUAAUUUGACUUCUCUUCAAACCAAUUCACAAAUUGAUGGAACCUUAAAAAAUCAUCAGGAAGGUUUUCUUUAUCAUCAUAACAAAACUUCAGUUACAGUUAUGAAUUAA